AUGGGCGAAGACGGUGCAGACUCCGUGGAUGUUGUAUUUGUAGUUCUGGUUUCUGAACUGCUCGCCGCCGCGUCAAGUGGUGUUGUUGCUGUGGUGGUGGACAUUGUGGUUGCGCCAAGGGAUAUUUCCGCACUUGGUGGUGCAGUCGAAAGAGCCGAACUACUGCUCGAUGCCGUCUCCAACAUCGUCAGGCUCGUUGUGAUAGGGAGGUCGGAUGGUAGCGAAUCUGCAGUAGCUGUCGGUGUUAUCAAUGGAAAAGAUAUUAUCGGGGUGCUAGUAGUCAUAGCGUCUCCAGAAGAGCUUGAGGCUGAAGCUUCUAUUGUUGCAGGAGAAGUCUCAAUCGUUGCGCGGCUCAGUGAGAAAGUCGAUGGGCUUGAUCCGAGUGUCGACGAUGAAAACGCAGUUGUUUCUGUUGAUAUGUCACUGGCGGUAGACAACGUAGAUGACACGGUUGCUACAAGCUCUGGCUCAAAGACACUGGUUGUCGUAGCUGAGGAUGCUCCUGUCGAGCUUUCCGUAGAGGUUUCCGAUGUUGAUAGAAGCUCUGGUUCUGAGGCAGUGGUGGUUGUAGUCGAGGAUCCUUCUGUCAAUAUUGCCGUCGAAGAUGUCGGGGCCGGGUAUCCAGACACGGCAAAAAGUACUGCUGAAUCGACAUAG